GCCUCGCCUCGCCUCCCCCCUUUUUCCUCCCCACCCGCGCGGGAGGGGGUGUGGGUCACGUGAUGUUUUCGCCGUGGUGCCGCCGAGCCUGCUCGCUGGUGUGAGGAGAGAAGCGGGAGAGUCGGAGGAGCCCGGCGCGUCCGACCGGCGGCGAAAGGGUGGAAGCCGCCGGCUUGUCCGUUGCCUCGCAGGCCGGGAGCCGCCGGCUGGGCCGACGCCGAGAGUCCCGCGGGCACACAUGUCCGGCCGGGCCUGGGAGACCCUUCCCUUGUGAGGGCGUCUGCUUCCCUCGCCCGCGGAGCGAUUUGGACCCUGCCCUGGCCCCUUAAGAUGGCGAGCGCGCUGAUGCUUGGCCCCGGCGGGGAAGGCGGCUGCACCGCGUUGGAAGGCAAAGGCGAGGCGGUGGGCACCGCGGCCGGAGCAGCAGCAGCAGCAACGGGCGGCGGCGGUGGCGGCGGCUCCAGCGGGGCGUCCAGGCUGGCGGCGCCUGAGGAGGACCAGGAGCCGGGCGAGAGUGCUCCCUGCCCGCCCCCGGCUCAGCCCCCGCAUCAUCUCAUGCUCCUGCUGAGGAAAUCGCCCAGCAGCUCCCUCUGCCUCGUCCAGGAAGAAGAUGCCUUGUUGCCCGGGGACCCUGCAGCGCUGGGGCGAGCAGGAGCCCCUGCCACCCCCCUGGGCCGGAGUGGGCCUCCAGCGACCUCUGCCCGGGGGUCUGCCCUGACGCCCCCAGCAAGCAUCACCUGGGGGGACGACGUGAGGAAAUGCGGCUACCUGAGGAAGCAGAAGCAUGGGCACAAACGGUACUUUGUGUUGCGGGCGGAGAGUCACCUUGGCCCGGCCCGACUGGAAUACUAUGACAGCGAGAAGAAGUUCAAGAGUAGCUUGAGAGCGGCGGCGGCUGGAGGGAAUGUGGCCCUUUGCUGCCCGUCUCCCAAAAGGGUGAUUCCUCUCUACCAGUGCUUCACUGUCAGCCGGAGGGCAGAUGCCAAGCAUAAACACAUCAUUGCCCUGUAUACCAAGGAUGAGUAUUUUGCCAUGGUGGCUGAGAACGAGCCUGAGCAAGAAGGGUGGUACCAGGCCAUCAGUGAGCUCAUGAGCCAAAGCAAGAGAGGGUUCUUGGAGCAGGAGGACCAGGCUGAUCAGCAGCUGGACGAUGACGAUGAACAUUAUGGAGCUGCCCUUCGCCCAGGAACUGUAUUCAAAGAAGUUUGGCAAGUCAACGUGAAGCCUAAGGGUUUGGGGCAGACCAAGAAUUUGACAGGGGUGUACAGGUUAUGCCUUUCCAGCAAGGCCAUUCAUCUGGUCAAGCUCAAUACUGAAGUACCUUCUGUCCACUUACAACUAAUGAACAUUCGGCGAUGUGGGCACUCGGAAAACUUUUUUUUCAUUGAAGUGGGCAGGUCAGCCUCCAUUGGACCAGGUGAGCUAUGGAUGCAAGUAGAUGAUUCAGUGGUUGCCCAGAACAUGCAUGAGACUUUUCUAGAGACCAUGAAAGCUCUGAAAGCCUUCUCUGAGUUCAGGCCUCGCAGCAAGAGCCAGUCUUCUGGUGGUGGCAGCAGUACAAAUCCUAUCUCUUUCAUAACUACCAGGAGGCAUCUUGGUAAUCUACCACCGAGCCAGACUGGCCUACAAAGAAGGUCCCGAACUGAAAGCGUUACAGGGGGGACUCCUCCCACUACCAAAAGCAGCAGUGCUUAUCGCUUCAGAACUUCUAGCGAAGGGGAGGGGACAAUGACCAGACCAUUUAGAUCAGUUACUGGAAGUCUGAUUCAUUUGAAUACUGCAAGGAUGAAUUUGGGCCGCCAAGAAGGGAGUGGACGAUAUGUUAGAGCAGCAUUUAGCUCUUCUUAUCAUACCAGGUCUGCUUCUCUACCAGUUUCUCAUUUUCCUUCUACUACUAGUCCUAUCAGUGUUUCUUCAGGAAGUGGGCAUGGAUCAAUUACCGAUAACUUUGUAAGGCCUUCCAGUUCAUCUGUUUGUGGGUCUCCAAGUGAUGGAGGUUUCAUUUCCUCAGAUGAAUAUGGUUCUAGCCCUGGAGACUUUAGGUACUUUCGUGUGAGAAGUAACACGCCAGAUUCCCUGGGCAAUACUCCACCAAUCAGAGAAGAAAAUUGUUUAAAUGAAUACAUGUCCAUGAACAAACAGCAAAUGGAUAAUAGUUCAAGAGAUGAUUACCGGGAGGCUGACAAAUGCUUUAGAAAAAGAACAUACUCAUUAACUAAGCCUGCUUCAGUACCGGGACAACAGAAAACAACCCAAACUGCUUUAGAUGAAGAUUCCUCAGGAAGCCAUGGACGCCUGUCUUGUUCUGAAUCACCAAGAUUCAAAAAUAACCCUGAACCUGAGUAUGAGGAAUCAAUUCUUGAUUCUGUAUGUAAUCAAAGCAAGAAUAAAGCCAGAGAUGAUGGAUAUAUGCCAAUGAUGCCAGGAGUUGCAUCUUCUCUGGCAAGCAACAGUGACUACUUGCCCAUGACUCCUAAAAGCAUGUCUGUUGCAAAACAGAUUAACAGUUCCUGGUUGUCAUCUCAGGCUGAUUCUAAAGGAUACAUGAUGAUGUUUCCCCGAGGUGUCUCUUCGCCUAUACGUAAUCCCUUAACUGAAUUUAAUUCUAAGUCUGGUCAUGAAAAGUCAACAAAUAAUGAGUACAUGGAUAUGUCUCCUGGAAAUUCUGCUGCUCCGAAGCAACCCUGUGAUCCAGAUUAUAUGCAUGCCAACAUCGAUUCCAAAAAUUUUAGCUCAUAUUUCUCUCUCCCACGAAGCUUUAAGGCUCUAACCGGGGAACAUGAUGAAUAUGUUCCAAUGUCAUCACCUGGAAAAUUAUUGUAUGUUGGAUCUGAAAAUGGGAAAAGCAUCAGCAAUGAAGUCCUGGCUAAUGGCCUUUCCAGAUCACCCCAUCUGAAAAGUUCAGAAGAAGGCCUUGCACAGAAUAGAGUUACUAGGCCUACGAGACUUCCACUCAGUACUAGAGGUAGUAACACCAUACCAAGAAUGUACGAUCGCACAAUUCCACUUGAGCCAUCUAGCCCUGGUGAAUAUAUAAAUAUAGAUUUUGGUGAAAAAGCAAGUAACACGCCAUAUUCUUUAUCUGCAGAAGGAUCUCCAUCAUCUCUUGGUUCCAGUAGUGACCAUAGGCAGUCACCGCUUUCUGACUACAUGAGUGUUGAUCUGGAUGUCCAGUCCCCCAAAGCUGCUAAAGAACUAUCUAACUCUCUGACAGAUAUUUCAAUUUAUGCAAAUUCAAGUAUCCCUAGAAACCUGCGUGAUGCUGAUUAUGCUAGACUUUCAUUUGGUACGGCUUGUGUUAGCACAGCAUGUGGUAGGAUUGAUGACUACACCGAGAUGACCUUCAACAUGGCAGCCACACCACCUGGACCAUUUGCCACUGAAAGCAAAAACGGAUUAAAGAUUGAUAGUCCUCCUUCUAUAGUUAACCGACUGUGCAUUGUUGACCAAUAUGCUAGUCACAGGGACUUCCCUGUCUCUAAUCCUGAUCCUCCUGUAGUACCUAAAGUCAUUCGAGCUGACCCACAAGGAAGGAGGAGGCACAGUUCUGAGACCUUUUCUUCUUCAGCCACUGUUACCACUUCUUCCUCUUUCUUUACUGACAGUAGUAAAAGGCACAGCUCGGCCUCUUUUGACAACGUGUGGUUGAAACCUGAGGAACAUAUUUCAGAUGGCCAUGAAAGCAAGAUGUCCAGAGAUACUUCAACUGGAUUUCAGAAUGGCUUAAAUUAUAUAGCUCUGAAUUUACAGGAGAAUUCACUAAACUGUGAGGAGAGCCCUAACACACCAAAUUGCCACCUCCCAAAUGGUACUCUAAAUCUGGAAAGUGGAGUAUAUGUAAGCAUAGAUUUCAGCAGAUCAGACAGUUUGAAGUGCAACUCCGCAAGGAAAGACUGAUGGCAUUACCAUGGAAACCAUUGUGAGAAGAGCAGGCUUUCCAGCUGGUAUCUCCAUAAUUGUGUGGUGCUUUUGGAAGCAGAGCCCAUCUCCAGCCAACUCUGUUCACUUCCACCAGCACAGACGCGGACAUGCAUCAUUGGAAUGAAAUUUCAUUGAGGGGUGGUUGAGUCUACAGUCGCGCUAAUCCAAAUGAACUUUUGUCAUGGAUGAGUUUGGAUGAAACAGGUUUUUUUUUCUCUCUCUCCCCACCCUGCUCCCUGGCUCUCCUAGCACCAUCUGUGAGACGAUACGAAUGCUCGAGUAGAAAAACGAUAACUUCCUGCACUAUUUCUACAUCUCCUGCAGCCGGUUUUUGUUUCGAGAAGUCGCAGUAUCAGAGAAGCUUCCUAUCAUGGUUUACAGCAACUAACUUAUUCAGUAUUGUGCUGGAGGACCAUCUCCCAACCAUAUCGCUCUGUGUGGGCCACCUUCCAGCCACCCAUUUGAUGCUGCUGUAGAGUACAGAGAAACCAACGAUGGAACAAUGUUUGUCCUGUAAAUUUUAAUUUGAUAUUGGACAGUUGUCUGUACAAACUAAAAACAUAUAUGGUUGAAAUUGUUCAUUAUAUUUGCUAUUUCUGCUUCACUGAUCUGUUUAAAGGUUUGAGCUGAUUGAUCUGGCUGUGUCUUCCAUUGUAAAUAUUGUUACAUUGUUUUUCAUGGUAAAAUGCAGCACAUUUGCAAUUUUGGGAGACUAGCUUGAAGCUCUGUAUAGUGUUUAUAUUUAUCUGAAUUGGCUUUCCAUAGAGCUACUUGCAGUAAAUGUGUUCAUGUA